GGGCCGCCUCCUCGUCGGCUCUUCCCGGCUCGCCCCCUCGCCCAGCCGCCCCAGGCCCGUGCCCGGCCAGGGAUACCCCAGGCCGCGGCUCUGGGGCUGCGCCCCCACGCCCGCCGCCCCGCGCAGCCGGGCGGAGGCGGCGCCGUCGGAGGAGGAGGAGCAGGGCACUGCGGCUGGCCCCGGAUCGGGUGCCAGAGCGGCAGCGGAUUCGGCAGCAGCGGCGACCCGGGCCGAUGCAGCGAGACGCGCUGCCCCGAGCGCCAGCUCCGGCGCCCCGGCUCCCCGCGCCCCCGAUCGGGGCCGCCGCCAGCAGUGGUGGCGGCGGAGGCGGGGGCAGCGGCGGCGGCGGCGGCGGCGGCGCCUCUGCAGCUCCGGCUCCUCCUGGCCUCCCGGGAACUACAAGUCCCAGGGGGCCUGGCGGCGGACGGCGGACGGAAGAGGCGGGGUCGGCACCGCGAGGCCGGAAGUGGCCGUGGAGGCGGAAGUGGCGCGGCCGCGGAGGGGCUUGGAACGCGGCGGCUGGGCCCGGCGCGGGAGCGGGAGCAGCGGCUGCGGCGGCUGGCGGUGGCGGCGGCGCUCUGGAGGCGGCCAUGGCAAAACAAUACGAUUCAGUGGAGUGUCCUUUCUGUGAUGAGGUCACCAAAUAUGAGAAGCUUGCUAAGAUCGGCCAAGGCACUUUCGGGGAGGUGUUUAAGGCAAAGCACCGCAAGACGGGCAAAAAGGUGGCUCUGAAGAAGGUGCUGAUGGAGAACGAGAAGGAGGGGUUCCCCAUUACUGCCUUGCGGGAAAUCAAGAUUCUCCAGCUUCUAAAACACGAGAAUGUGGUCAACUUGAUUGAGAUUUGCCGAACUAAAGCUUCCCCCUAUAACCGCUGCAAAGGCAGUAUAUACCUGGUGUUUGACUUCUGCGAGCAUGACCUUGCUGGGCUGCUGAGCAACGUCUUAGUCAAGUUCACGUUGUCUGAGAUCAAGAAGGUCAUGCAGAUGUUGCUCAAUGGCCUCUACUACAUCCACAGGAAUAAGAUUCUGCACAGGGACAUGAAGGCGGCUAAUGUGCUCAUCACCCGAGAUGGGGUCCUGAAGCUGGCAGACUUUGGGCUGGCCCGGGCCUUUAGCUUGGCCAAGAACAGCCAGCCCAACCGCUACACCAACCGUGUGGUGACACUCUGGUACCGGCCCCCGGAGCUGUUGCUCGGGGAGCGGGACUACGGCCCCCCCAUUGACCUGUGGGGUGCUGGGUGCAUCAUGGCAGAGAUGUGGACCCGCAGCCCUAUCAUGCAGGGCAACACGGAGCAGCACCAGCUUGCCCUCAUCAGCCAGCUCUGUGGCUCCAUCACUCCUGAGGUGUGGCCAAAUGUGGACAAGUAUGAGCUGUUUGAGAAACUGGACCUGGUCAAGGGCCAGAAGCGGAAAGUGAAGGACAGGCUGAAGGCCUAUGUGCGUGACCCCUAUGCGCUGGACCUCAUUGACAAGUUGCUGGUGCUGGAUCCGGCACAGCGCAUUGACAGCGAUGACGCCCUCAACCAUGACUUCUUUUGGUGUGACCCCAUGCCCUCAGACCUCAAGGGCAUGCUGUCCACCCACCUGACGUCCAUGUUCGAGUACCUGGCACCGCCACGCCGGAAGGGCAGCCAGAUUACUCAGCAGUCCACCAACCAGAGCCGCAAUCCUGCCACUACCAACCAGACAGAGUUUGAGCGUGUCUUUUGAGGUCUGGCCACUGUCACUUUUCAUUAGGGUGGUGGUUUUAUUUUCCCUUCUGUUAUGUGGUUUGCAUCGUAGAGAUAAUGAGGCAUUUGAGUUUUUUCUAUAGUACAUAUUUUAUUUAGUCCUCACCCUGGGCACUGGGAGCACCAGCUGAGCAGACUGGAGUAAAGCCUUGGCUGGAAGUCCAGGAGGGCACCGGGACUGCCUCACUUUGUUCCCUGGCUCUUGGAAUGAUGCCCAGAGGACGUCCAUGAACUUUCAGACAGGCAUAGGCUGAGAGGAGAGGCACACCCGGGACUUGCACGGAGUUCCCAGCAUGAUGGGAGGAGGGGACAGGUCCCUCACCCAUCCCCCCGGUCCUGUUGGGAGGAGAAGCUUAACGGGGGGAAGGGAACGAGCCUCCAGAGUGGGUUGGUCUUGGCCUAACCCUCAGAAGCACUGGGGCUGGCAAAAACUCUUUGGUUUCUUCAAUAGGAGAAUUUUUAUUGUGUUCCUUUUGUCCGGUUAUUUGGAGGUGUUCCUGGAUGCAGUUUGGUCAGUUACAAUUAAAGUUGACUUUUUUUUUUAA